AUGGAGAAUUUAACUUGCAGAAGUCUGUGCAAUGCAUUUUUGAUAUCGGUGUCAAGCUAUAUUGUCGCUAUUGUGGCUUACAACGCCUUUUUCCACCCCUUAUCAAAGUUCCGUGGGAGUCCUACAUGGAUCGUAUCGCGAGUUCCAUUCAUCUACACUAUACUUUCUGGGAUACUUCCUUAUCACAUCAAGAAAUUGCACGAUGAAUAUGACGAGCUUUCGUUCACAGACCCUCAAGCAUGGAAAGAUAUUUAUCUGCAGAGGCAGUUUAUCCGCCCAAAAGAAUGGGGCUCUAGACCACCUGGAGUUGAGGCACACAAUUUUAUCACUGCUAACGCCAUCGACCAUGCUCGAUUCCGCAAAGCGUUUCAGCCAGCAUUCUCAGACAGAGCCACAAAGAGUCAUGAACCAACUGUUAAAAAGUACAUAGAUCUUUUGGUUCUUCGAUUGAAUGAAGCUAUCGCUGGGCAGCGUACAGAUAUUGGUACUGUUGAUUUAGUGCAAUGGUUGAACUUUACAACGUUUGACAUCAUCGGAGAUCUGGGAUGGGGUUCGUCUUUCAAAUGCCUUCAAGAGAGCUCAUAUCAUCCGUGGAUCAAAGUAGUUCUUCAUUUCAAAGCCGUUCUUAUUGCAAACUCUAUCAAAUACUAUCCAUUGCUUGAAGCAUUUCUCAUAAAGAUCACCCCAGCUUCAGCUCUCAGAGAUCUACGUCAAGCCCUUGAGACAGGUCAUCUCAGGGUCCAAGACCGACUUCAUCAUGACGUCAAACAACCUGAUAUUAUGUCUCAUGUCAUCGAUCACAACAAGUCUUCGACCGAGAUAGCCCUUUCAACGGGGGAAAUAGAGAUGAACUCCAUGGCCUUGAUUGUUGCAGGUAGCGAGACUCUAACGACUACUUUGACCGCCGCAAUUCACUUUUUACUUCAGGAUCCCAAGUGCCUAGAGACCUUGGAAACAGAAAUUCGCACAAACUUUAGCACGGAAGAGCAAAUUAACAACGAGUCCACAAGUUCGCUGCCAUAUCUUAUGGCGUCUCAGGGGCAAGUACCGAGUGGAGGUGCUACAAUCGCAGGUCACUUUGUUCCCGGAGGCACAACCGUUUCAGUAGCAUGCUGGUCUAUUUUCCAUUCUUCAAACAACUUUGCGUCCCCAGAUGAAUUUAUCCCCGAGCGAUGGUUGGGCGAUUCUGGAAAUCGGACCUCUAUAAGCAAACAAGCUGAUUCCAAAAACGUAUUUCAUCCAUUUUCGCUCGGGGCACACAAUUGUAUCGGUCAGCCACUCGCUUGGAUGGAGAUGCGACUUAUUCUUUCGCGACUUAUUUGGAACUUUCAUAUCCAAGUCCCUAGCGGGAAGAAGUUGCAGAAUUGGACUAACCAGAAGAUCUUUUGGACUUGGGAUAAAGUCCCACUCAAUGUUCAGCUUAUGAGUGUCGAGCAUUCUGAAGAUCAAAUGAACAUAAAGUGGGAGACUAUCUAA